GGCGCUGUCUCCCAGUUGUUGUUGUGUACGUUGCGAGAAUUCUAUUAUUACUUUGUCUGUCGCUGUUAUUGUUUACCGCAUCGGCUGCGAUUUUCUUGUGAUGCUUAAUCUGAUUUCUCAGAAAUUAUCCGCGGCUGUGGUUUGACGAAUUAAAACUGUGGUUUUGGCAAUUAACGCAGAAAUCGAUUUGGCCGUGGCUCAAAGCUCAAGGGUGAGGAGGCGGAGUGAAUCACGUGUUGUCAGCAGAGAGUAAAAGAAACUAUUAUAACAGACGAAAAAGGCACUUGAAUCUCCGUGUGUUUUUAAGAAACUUUCUAAAACUGCCGCUUCCAAACAUUCGCUGCGAUGGCCACCUCAUCAAUUCUCGCCAAAAGCACAAUUAACAGCACCACAUCGCCCCCGGCCACGUCCCCCAGCAGCACAACCAGGAAGCGGACCUACGAGACAGCCAUCGCCAUGCCCUCUUCGUCCCCUUCCCCGUCCCCAGCUACAGGCACAGCCACCUCGAGCUCCACCAUGGCACCAGAGGGCCAGGAGCAGCGCACAAAUAGCCCCAGUCUGGUUGCGUCCAAAUCUACACACCUGGAAAGCGUGGUGGUGGUCAAAGAGGGCGCUAGUGAGCCCACCACCGCUGCUACCACACUGCGGGACAGCACCCGUACCAUCUCACAGAGCGAUGCUGACGAUGGCGGCGAAGCAGCGUCCGCAGAGGACUCGCUGACCACCAACAUCACCGCUCCCUCGACCUCCUUUACGGCGGAAUACCUCAGCGGUGUCAAACGAAAGUACGUUCCGCAGCAGCAGCAAUCGUCGCCGGCACCAUUGCAGCAGUUCUUCAACGGAAGUGGUGCUUCGGAUUUUGCGACCAUUUGCAAACCGGCACCCUUUUCGCACGACGAAGAGGCCAUGCUGGAGCGACAGCGUUGUGACUAUACACAGCGCAUCACCUACCAGAUGGCCCGCUCCGGACAGACAACACGCAGGGUGCGUGUCUACGCCGAUGGCAUCUACGACCUGUUCCACCAGGGCCAUGCCCGACAGCUAAUGCAGGCGAAGAACAUCUUUCCCAACGUCUACCUCAUCGUGGGCGUGUGCAACGAUGAGCUGACCCAUCGCAUGAAGGGCCGCACUGUGAUGAAUGGCUUCGAGCGCUAUGAGGGUGUGCGUCACUGCCGCUACGUGGACGAGAUUGUCCAAAAUGCGCCGUGGACCUUGUCGGACGAGUUCAUUGCUGACAACAAGAUCGAUUUUGUGGCCCACGACGACAUUCCGUAUGGAACCGAUGGCAUGGAAGAUAUUUAUGGGCCGCUGAAGGCGCGCGGCAUGUUCGUUGCCACAGAACGCACCGAAGGCGUGUCUACCUCGGACAUUGUGGCGCGGAUCGUGAAGGACUACGAUCUGUAUGUGCGUCGGAACUUGGCCAGAGGUUAUUCCGCCAAGGAGCUGAACGUGUCGUUCCUGUCCGAGAAGAAGUUCCGGCUGCAGAACAAGAUGGACGAGCUGAAAUCGCGCGGCAAACGGGAGCUGACCAAAGUUAAGGUAGACAUCAUCACCAAGUGGGAGGAGAAGUCGCGCGAGUUCAUCGACACCUUCCUGCUGUUAUUUGGGCGAGAGAACCUCAACCAUCUGUGGAACGAGUCCAAGGGAAAGCUGUUGCAGGCACUCAGUCCGCCGGGCAGUCCGUCGGGAUCGGUCAACGGCGACGACACCGAGGGCGGCGAGGACUACAGCGAAACUAUCGAUGAUUACUUGGAGCUGGCCGAGAAAAUGACAGGAGAGGGCAGCGGUAGCGGCAGCAGUGGCUCGCUAAACGGCAAACACCGCCAAAAGCGUCCCUCUUUGGCGCGCAGGAGUUACCAAAGCCGAUCGCUUCAGAGCCGCUCCCCAGAUGAUGAUGCGGAUGGCGAGGAGGAGGAGGUGGAGUACGAGCGGCGCAGCAAUUGAUUCUAGCUCGGACAGACCGACAUCCCAACAUCCCAACCUUCUCUCCGUAUCCGAGAUGUUAUUGUAAACAGAUUUGUUGGGCCCACACGUUGCUAGAUGCCCUGUCGAAGCCCCUUCUAGUUACUCUAGCUCUAGAUGAUGGUACACUAUAAUCUAUCCCUAGUUUUAGUUGGCACGCGCGCUCCCUCCUCCUCUCCCGCACUCCACCACUUUUCCAUCGCCCUUGGACCGGGCAAAUCCUGUAGCUAAUUCGGCGCUGUGCGUUUGGCUGGACAGCUGGCAACCAACGCAGAAAAGACUCAUUUUUGUAUUAGAGCGGCGGCUGCGGUACAGAAAAUAUCUAGAAAUAUUUAUAUUAAAUUAUUUCGCAUAACAUUUAGUUCUAAGUUAACACAAUCACAAACAAAAGAACAAGAAACAACACCAACCAAUAUAAAAAAAGAACAUUAAACAAAGAAAACAAAAGAAACAGUUGGCAAUAGCAGAAUUAUUGCAUAAAUGCUUUGUUAAAUAUUUUUUGAGAAAUAAACAUUGAAUCAAAAAAGGCCA